AUGUCAACUGAAACUAAAGGGCUAGUUUUAGAAAAUACAGCACGUAGAGAUGCUUUGAUCACCAUUGAAAAAAAAUACCAACAAAUAUGGGCAGAAGAGCACCAAUUCGAGCUAGAUGCACCAUCUAUCGAUGACGAACCAGUUACCAUGGAUUCCGAAGAACUACAGAAGAAAUAUCCAAAGUUCAUGUCUUCUUUAGCUUAUCCUUACAUGAACGGUGUCUUACAUGCUGGUCAUUGUUUCACUCUUUCAAAAGUCGAGUUCUCAGUUGGUUUUGAGAGAAUGAACGGUAAGAGAGCAUUAUUUCCAUUGGGUUUUCACUGUACAGGUAUGCCUAUCUUAGCUUGUGCCGAUAAAUUAAAAAGAGAAGCAGAGAUGUUUGGUAAUGAUUUCUCUAACGCACCAGCCGAUGAAGAAGAGCUAGAACAAGAAGCCAAGAAGGAAGAGUCUGAAGAUGUCACUAAAUUCAAAGCUAAGAAGUCCAAGGCAGCAGCUAAGAAGGGCCGUGGUAAAUAUCAAUUUGAAAUCAUGCUACAACUUGGUAUUCCAAGAGAAGAAGUUAUCAAAUUUGCCGAUGCUAACUACUGGUUAAACUAUUUCCCUCCAUUCUGUGAAUCAGACUGUACUUCUUUCGGUUCCCGUAUUGACUGGAGACGUUCUUUCGUCACCACUGACGCUAACCCAUACUACGAUGCUUUUAUUAGAUGGCAAAUGAAUAAAUUAAAAUCUUUAGGUAAAAUCAAGUUCGGUGAGCGUUAUACAAUUUACUCUGAAAAGGAUGGCCAAGCCUGUAUGGAUCAUGACAGACAAUCUGGUGAAGGUGUCACCCCACAAGAAUAUGUUGGGAUUAAGAUUGAAGUUACUGAAUUUGCUCCAGAGGCUAAGAAAAUCGUUGAUGGCUGCGCUGACCUAGACAAAGCUAAGAAGAUUUACUUCGUUGCAGCUACUUUAAGACCAGAGACCAUGUACGGUCAAACAUGUUGUUUCGUUUCUCCAAAGAUUGAAUAUGGUAUUUUCGAUGCCGGUGAUUCUUACUAUAUCACUACUGAAAGGGCCUUCAAAAACAUGUCGUAUCAAAAGCUUACUCCAAAGAGAGGUUACUAUAAGCCUGUUAUUACCAUUAAUGGUAAGGCUUUCAUCGGUUCGAAGAUUCAUGCACCAUUAUCUGUAUAUCCAGAACUCAGAAUUCUACCUAUGGAAACUGUCAUUGCUACCAAGGGUACCGGUGUUGUCACAUGUGUUCCAACUAACUCUCCAGAUGAUUUUAUGACUAUCAAGGACUUAAAACACAAGCCAGAAUACUAUGGUAUUGAAGCCUCAUGGAUAGACCAAGAAUUAGUGCCCAUUAUUCGUACUGAAAAAUACGGUGAUUUAACUGCCCAAACUCUUUGUGAAGAAAAAAAGAUUCAAUCACCAAAGGAUACCGUUUUAUUAGCUGAAGCUAAAAAGCUUGCUUAUAAGGAAGAUUUCUACUCCGGUACUAUGAUUUACGGUAAGUACAAGGGCGAAAAGGUCGAAGUUGCUAAGAAUCUAGUCAAGGCUGAAAUGAUUGCUGCCAAUGAAGCGUUUGUUUACAACGAACCAGAAUCUUUGGUUGUGUCUCGUUCAGGUGACGAAUGUAUCGUUUCUCUAGAAGAUCAAUGGUACGUUGAUUACGGUGAAGAAUCAUGGAAGAAACAAGCUGUCGAAUGUUUAGAAGGUAUGGAAGUUUUCGCUCCUGAAGUUAAAAAUGCAUUCGAAGGUGUUCUAGACUGGUUGAAGAACUGGGCUGUUUGUCGUACAUACGGUUUAGGUACUAAGUUACCAUGGGAUGAAAAAUAUCUAGUUGAAUCUUUAUCCGAUUCUACCAUUUAUCAAUCUUUCUACACCAUUGCCCACUUACUAUUUAAGGACUACUACGGUAAGGAAAUUGGACCUUUGAACAUUAAGCCAGAACAAAUGACUGAUGAAGUUUUCGAUUACAUUUUCCAACAUGUUGAUGAUGUAAGUGCUACUGAUAUUCCAUUGAAAUCUCUACAAAAGUUAAGAAGAGAAUUCGAAUAUUUUUACCCAUUAGAUGUUUCCAUCUCUGGUAAAGAUUUGAUUCCAAACCAUUUAACUUUCUUCAUUUACACACAUGUUGCAUUAUUCCCAAAGAAGUUCUGGCCAAAGGGUAUUAGAGCCAAUGGUCAUUUAAUGUUGAACAAUGCUAAAAUGUCUAAAUCAACUGGUAAUUUCAUGACUUUGAAACAAAUUGUUGAAAAGUUUGGUGCCGAUGCUUCUCGUAUCGCUUUAGCUGACGCUGGUGAUACUAUUGAAGAUGCUAACCUUGAUGAAUCAAAUGCUAAUGCCGCAAUUUUAAGAUUAUUUAACUUAAAAGAGUGGGCUGAAGAAAUCGUCAGGGACACUUCUGGCUUAAGAACUGGUGAAAUCACUGAAUUUUUCGAUAUUGCUUUUGAAAACGAAAUGAAUUCUUUAAUCGAAAAAACUUACGACCAAUAUGAAUUAACCAAUUAUAAGAACGCCUUAAAGAAUGGUUUCUUUGAAUUCCAAGCAUCAAGAGAUUAUUACCGUGAAGCUUGUGGUACUAUGCACAAGGAUUUAGUUUUACGUUACAUUGAAACUCAAAUCUUAUUACUUGCGCCAAUUGCCCCACAUUUUGCUGACUACAUUUACCGUGAAGUCUUGAAAAGAGAAGGUUCGGUUCAAAACGCUAGAUUCCCACGUGCUUCGAAGCCAGUUGACAAGAAUAUUUCCUCCGCUUUAGAAUAUGUUAGAGCUUUACAAAGAAGUAUCAGAGAGGCUGAAGGUCAAGGCUUAAAGAAGAAGAAGGGUAAGACCUCCGAUGUAGACCCAAGUAGACCAGUCAGAUUGAGUAUUUUAAUUUCUGAUUCGUUCCCACAAUGGCAAUCAGGCUGUAUUGAAGUUGUCAGAAAAUUACUAGCUGAGCAAACUUUAGAUGAUAACAAGAAGGUCAGAGAAAACAUUGAACCAAAGGAAAUGAAGAGAGCCAUGCCAUUUAUUUCCUUAUUAAAACAACGUUUAGCGGUUGAACCAGCCGAACAAGUCCUUAACAGAGAAAUUUCAUUUGACGAAGUUGCUACCGUGAAAGCAGUUUUCAAGAACAUUAAGGCCGCGGCACAAACUUUGAAGAUCAGUGAUUAUUCAAUUGUAAUAUUUUCUCAUGGUUCUAAUGUUGCCAAGGACAUCUUUACCGGUGAAGAGGUUGCACUUCCAAAUGCUGCCAGAGUCAUUGAAGCUGCAGUUCCAGGAAACCCAGGUGUUAUUUUCCAAAACUACUGA